AUGUCCGGAAUCCGUUACGCUAUUCGCCAGGUCUUGCGGUAUUUGGACGGAUUCAUUCAAGUGGCCAUCUUCGUACUCACCCUGAUCGCGGUUGUCGGGGCGUAUGAUAGCAACCCGGUGUAUGUGACUGCCUGCGGGGCCCUGGCCGCGCUGGGCGCGCUCUGGGCCUUCUGGCGCCAGUUCAGCGCUCGACGCGCCAUAAUGGCGAGGCAGAAAUUGCAGGUCCUUGAGGAGGGCCUUCCAAUCCAUACGUCCCCUACGACAUGGGCACCCUAUGCCCCGACUCUGUCGACCCCUCGCCCUAGGGCGAGAACGUUGAUUUCCUCCGUUGGGUCCUCGCACUCGAUCUCGCCGCCACCGCCGCCAGUUUCGAAGGGGCUGGACAGACAGCGGCUGAACUACAUACAGCAACUCACGGGAACACCCUUCAGGUUUGAGGACAAGUCGCAUGGUCCUCCUCACCAGCCUAUCUGGACGUCGCAGCUGUACUUCGGAGGGAAGCUCGUCGGCGAGAGCCAACACUCCAGCAAGAAGGCAGCUCAAGAAGGCGCGGCAGCCAUGGCGCUGCAUAAGUUUGAAGAAGAGGAAAAGAGUCGCUCGUCCAGUAUCGAUAAUGAGAAGGUUGAUACUGGGGAGAGCGAGGGGGACACGGACUUCGAAGGUUAUCUUGUCGACGUGGUGUAG